AGAUAGUUGUGUCAACUUCAUGUCAGUUGUAGUCUGACGUUUGAACUGCUUGGUUUUCAUAUAUUUUUUUCGUUCAAUUACAUUCUGAAAUGUUUUCUAUCAACAAAAAUUCCUAUCUUCACAACUACUUCGAGAAUAUGAAUCCUCGGCUCAUAAACCGAUGUGUGGACAAAGCACGGGAAUUCAGUAAUAUUGACGAGCAUGAUUUGGAUCCGCCCGCCAAUCGUCUCACUUCGGAGCAGCCUAAUAUUCCCGUAAAAAAUGUUGAUGUCACAAGAAGAUCACUUGGUUUUGGAAGAAAGGCGAUGCCCAAAUUGAGAAGAGAGCUACACAACAAAGAUCAAGAUGUAGUAAUCGCUGCAAUUGAAACUAUUUGCGACUUGGUUCAUGAUCCUGAAAGAGGAUACGAAGCUGUGAAUUUGAAAAUCAUUGAUAGGAUGGUGAAUUUAAUGUCACAUGAGAGCGAGGUCAUCCGUGAACGAACGUCUCGAACCUUAGCAGUUUUGGCAGAAUUAGCAGCCGGAAGGGAAGCUAUAGUGACAAAUAAAAGUCUUUUAGCUAAUAUAGCUGCUUGUGCAGAAGACACAUGGGCCGAAAUAAGGAUCCAAGUUGCCGCGUUACUUGAGAUGAUUGCUAGAUUUUGGAAAGCUGCUGAUGACUUGGUACAAUUCGGAUUUAUACAAAUUCUCUUGAGUAAUUUGCUGACAGAAGAUAGUGAAAUACAAAUUAUGCAUCUUCAAACUUUGAGAUCCUUGAUGUAUGAGACGACUGGAAAAAUAAUAGCAAUUGAAUCAGAUGGAUUCAAUAUUUUCUUGAAGUUGCUGGAUGAAGAUAAUACUCAAAUAAUUUCAGGAGCAUUGGCAUGCUUGGCUCUUCUCACAUCGACAUGUGUUGGUGAAAAACUGGCCAGAGAAGCGAAACUUCUUAGGAUUUUGAAUAUAUUUCUUCAUGACGAGCGUCCUGAAGUUUAUACAAAUGCUGCUUCUGUCAUCAUGUUCUGUACAUUGAAAACACAAGGAAAGUUGGAUGCCUACAAAGUGAAAAAUUUGCCUAAACGCUUGAUCCAUCUGAGCAGAAAUAAACUCAAUCCGAGCACGCAAAUUUUUGCUAUCAAAGCAUUAAGCAACAUAUGCGAACAUCCAAAAAUCAGGACCGAAGUUCAGAAAAAAUAUUUUGAGCAGAUUAAAAAUAUUCAAGUCGGUGACGAUCCGUGUAUAAAAAGUUACAAGAACCAGUUGCUUACGGUUAUCGGAUGGGUGGCAUCAAGUUCUACAUGAAUUUCUAAAUAUGUAAAAUUAUUGAUGUUUUCAAUGAAGAGCAUUUGUAGAAAAAAUAUAUCUUGCUUAUUUGAA